AUGCCAAACCCCUUCGACUCAAAAACAGAUAAAUCCAGUGUAAACCCUCCGAAAGGUUACAAAUUACACCCCGACCAUGUUCACUUCCAAAAGUAUCUUCAGCCACAACACCCCAUUUGGAAGAGUGAGAAAUCACUUCGUUCUUUUCAAGCUGAGAUAGGGUUCUACCUCCAGCCCUGGUGGCAUGCAGAGCCGAAGUAUCUUCCUCAGCAUGCUGAAAAGCUAGGUCUUCGGGAAGCUACCCCGAAACAAAUGAAGGAAGAGGGUAUUCGGGCGAUUACUAGAGGGUCACGAUGCUAUUCGGCGGAUGAGUCGGCCACAAAGCCAAACUGUCAUGUCCAGUUUUGUGUUUCGGCUUUCAAUUACACGCAUCCCGAAGUGAAAUGUGUCAAUGUACCUGAUGGUCGACCAGUGUUUCUCAACCGUUGGGACGAAGGAAAGUUUCGUGUCUGUGUCCACUGUUAUAACUCCACAAAGCCCCCUCUCACCUGCUCCCUCAAGGGCAAGCCGACCAAUUUUCUUGUCGAAGAGUCCUCCGAAAGUGAAAAACGGCCGAAAAAGUCAUCACAAGGUCAGGACAAGCCUGAGGAAAGCUCGGAUUCUGAUUCGGACUCAUCGGACUCUGAACAUUCACCACAUCCCUCCCCUCGGAAACCUCGCCGGCCAGCCACCACAACACGCUCUACAAGAGCUUCGGCUCCCAAGAAAUCGGUUUCUCCCCCCCCUCCCGAAAAAGGAAAAGGAAAGGGAAAAGAAAAAGCUCCCCCUGCAGCUUCCACGGCGAUUGGGUUCUCAAAUGCGCCACUGCAGGAACCGGUAGGACCGAAGGACAAGCGUAGGACUGCUAGGGGAGGCACUGUCGCAGCUGGGGCUGCUGCAAAAUCCCAUCCGAAAUGGGUUGUCAGACCUUCUCCGAAACCCCUCACCGAAGCGCCUACGUCUGCUAGAGAGCAAACUCGUUCGGAGGGAGAAACAGAACUUUCUUCUCCAGCUGGUCCUACUCUUGUUCAAGAUUCCAGCUUGGGUCAAGAUGAUGGAGAAGAAAGACCUCAACCGGAACAAUCUACAGCCCGAAAUGAAAGGCCACGAUUCCCUCCCCGCCCUCCAAAAUUUGCCGAUGUUGUUCCCGAAAAGGAACCCUCCGAAACCGCCCCCCCCCCUAGUCCUGUUCAUCCUCCUGUGAACAAGCGUGCCCUGGAGGAUGUAGACGAGUCCCAGCCCGAACCGAAACGGGCUCGUCCGUUCUCCGUUGAACAAAGUCCUCCCCGGCCCAAAAUGGAUCUUACCUCCAAAAAGGUGCCCACAAUGUCCCCUGUUGGUCCUGUUCCUUCUCCUGCCGUAUCUGUUCGACAACAGGCCGUUCCCUCUGCUCUAGACCCAUUUAUAGCACAAACACAGACGGUUUUGGGUGUUACCUUGCAAGAAUCACCAACAAUCCCUUCGCCUCACAAAGCUAAAAGUGUCACACCGGCCCCCUUCCCCAGCCCCUCCCCUGCUCCGAAAGCAGGCCCUCCUCCAAACCUUCAACCUGGGUCUUCUUCUCUCCUCUCUGGCCCUCCCCAAAUCUCCCCACUACCUACCUCACUACAUACGUUUGCAGAGGUAAAGCAGUGGCUACAGCAGAAGCGCCUGGGUCGAUCAGGUGUGCAGAGUCUUCCUGGUCCGAACCCAUCAACCAAUGUUCCGAAACCCACGAUGGCUCCGAAACCCAUAGUUCCUCCAAUAUUUGCUUCCCAAUCGGCUCCCCCUCAGACUCCACCUCCCACUUCUCUCAUUCGUUCUCAUUCAGAAUUCGUUGGCUCUGGUCCCACAGCUUUGCCAGGUCAGAUACCCUCCAUUCCUGUCACUUCGGUCAAUGUGGUCAGUAAACUCCCUCAAAUGAACCCACCACUCCAGCCCGAAUUUCGGACCGAAAGGCCCACUGUCCCUUCUUUGGACCAGCCUGCACCCGAAAAGGUUGUCCCUUACAUCCCGGCUCCACCGUCUACCAUGCCCGAAGUUGAACAGUGUCUGCAUCGUAUGAGUGAGUUUCAAGAGACUCAGGCCCAGUUUGAGGAGCAAUUCUCUUCCCGAAUGGUCGCUCAAGUUUCCGAAAUGAUAGACUAUUACCGAGAAAUCAACCGAGGACGGCAUCAAGCCUACUCCGAAAGUGUCACACAAUCACUUUCGGGUGUGAGAGCUAUCAAUGGAACAUGGAGCGAAUUCAAAGCACGGUAUGACUCGGUGGUUUCUGAAAGAGAUGUGGCUCAAGGAGAGGUAAAGACACUGGACCGGCUGUACAAAGAGCAGAUUGAUAAGAAUGAGGAGAGAGAUCAUGCUGUUGCCCGAGUCACCGCCGAAAAGGACGCCGAAAUUGCUUCAAUCCGAAAGCAGUUGGAGGAGACUCAGGAAGGGCUCAAGACUAUGAGCCAGAGGUUCGCUAGUGCAAUGGGGGAUAAGGAAAAGGAGGCUCAGGCUCGUCAGUUUGCUGAACAGAGGUGUUCAGAUUUGGCCAGACAGAUGAAUGAGGAGGAAAACGCCGAAUUGGAAACUCUCCGAGCUCGGCUUUCGGAGGCUGAAGCAGCUAAGGGGGUAAUGCAACAGCAAAUCGACGAGGCAUUGCAGUUUGUGCAAAUUACCGCUGCCCUGCAAAAUGAGACUGAGAUGGAGAAUGUAGGGUUGAAGGAACUCAAAGAGCAGUUGGAAGGAGCAAAUGAGCAGUUACGGGCGGACCUUCAAGCGGAUCAAGAGGAUAUCGAAUCGGCCAACUACACCAUCAGGCAACUUGAGUCAGAACUCCAAGAGGCCAAACAAGAAAAGUCUCGGCAACAAUUCCGCUUUGACCUUAGGACCUCCCCUGCGAAGCCGAACGAGUACUCUGACCGAAGAAGAGCUCACAGUCUUGAUCUCCCUUCCACCAAGAUCACCGCUCGAAACUCCGAAAGUACCGCACCGAAUUCCGAAAACGACCCUUCAAACUCCGAAAAUGUACUUUCUUCAGGACCAACACGUCAUGUUGCCAUUCCCACAAUCCCCACAAAUGCAGACCUCCAUUCUUCUCAAGAUUAA